UGGUGAAGCUGGGGUGGGAUGAAGGGUGAGUGAGGACUAGAUGCUGAGGAAAUCUGCUGAAGGAGGCUGAAGGCAAUGCUGGUGGGAAACCUGGAGCCUGGGGUGUGGGAGGAGAGGGAGAGGGUCAAGCUGAGCUGAUAUUCCUGUGUAAGAAGAAACUUUGGAGAACUGGCUCCCCAUCCCCUUCUGAGUGUAGUUGUGCAGUCCUCUCUUGAGUCCAUGUGCUAAUGAGGCCAAGUGAUAGUCCAGCUGGUUUGAGGAGCACACGGUGGACACCUGCUCAAAUUUAGCCUUGUCCUUUGCUCCCUACCGGGCACAGCUUUGGCUCAUGUUGGCUCAUGGUCCAUUGACGUAAAAGCGCCUUUCCUGGGUACUCCUUGUCUGGGCGGGAGGAAGAAGGGACGCCACCCUGGAGAGAAUUUGUGGCAGGAGGCAAUCAUCUGGGAGUAGCAAUUUCCAAAGGGUAAUUUACAAUGCAGACACUGAAGUAAGACAAGGGGAGGCUUGGAGAGCUGGGUAGAAACACAGACAGCAUCAUUUCAAGUCUCCGUUUCCCAUCGUGGAGACUGAGAACUAGAGAUUUUGCAAAGCCACAGAACAAUGUGUGACCAGCAGACACAGCCACAGUUCCCUCCAUCUUGUGUGAAAGGUUCGGGACUGGGGGCUGCACAGGGUGCCAAUGGUGCCUCUGUGAAAUGCCCAGCUCCAUGCCAAACCAAAACUGUCUGCGUGACGGGCCCUGCUCCAUGCCCCACUCAAACCUAUGUGAAGUGCCAAGUUCCAUGCCAGACUCAAACCUAUGUGAAGUGCCCAGCUCCCUGCCAGACAACCUAUGUGAAAUGUCCGACUCCCUGCCAAACCUACGUGAAGUGCCCAGCUCCCUGCCAGACAACCUAUGUGAAAUGCCCAGCUCCCUGCCAGACAACCUAUGUGAAAUGCCCAGCUCCCUGCCAGACGACCUAUGUGAAAUGCCCAGCUCCCUGCCAAACGACCUAUGUGAAAUGCCCAACUCCCUGCCAAACUUCUGUCAAGUGCCCAGCUCCCUGCCAGACAACCUACGUCAAAUGUCCAGCUCCUUGCCAGACCCAGACGCGCUAUGUCCAGUGUGCUUCUCCUUGUCAGAGUUACUAUGUUCAAGCUCCUGCAAGUGGCUCGACCUCUGGGUACUGUGUCCCUGAUCCAUGCUCUGCUCCCUGUUCCACCAGCUACUGCUGUCUGGCUCCCCGGACCUUCGGGGUGAGUCCCCUGAGACGCUGGAUUCAGCGACCCCAGGACUGCGACACAGGAUCGUCUGGCUGCUGUGAGAAUUCAGGAAGCUCUGGAGGCUGCGGUUCUGGGGGCUGUGGCUGCGGCUGUGGAUGCAGUAACUGUGGAUGCUGUGGCUCUGGGUUCGGCUGUUUGGGAAUUAUUCCCAUGAGGUCCCGAGGUCCUGCAUGCUGUGACCAUGAGGAUGACUGCUGCUGCUAAACACACAACAGUCCAACUCCAGAAUGCACUGCUCCGCCAUCCCUUCUGGAACAUGCACCAGCUUCUGACCCCCUCUCUGUUACUGCCAGUGAGGUAGAACCUCGUCACUUUGCCUCUGUGCUUUGCUUCUCUACCAAGGCAGCCUGCCAGAGUUAGUGCAACCCCCAAACUUUGGCAAGAAUAAAGCUCUGAAUGCAAUUCACGG